UUUCUACAGUUGAUCGUUUCCUUAGCAAUUAAUGAACGACCUCUAAAUCUAACCUCUCUCUGUUGGUUGUUGCUGUUCUCUUCAUUCGACAACUUUUUAGGUUGAAAGUCGCAAGCUUAGAUGGUGGCGUUCGAAACAUUCGUAUGGGAGAUGGCUUCUUUACUGGAUAUCGCUCAAACGUUGUACAACCUGACGAAGUACUAAUCGGUCUAUAUAUCCCAAAGACCUCUGUAAACCAGUUUAUCGCAGCAUUCAAACAAGCUAGGCGUCGUGAAGACGAUAUGGCCAUUGUAAAUGCUGCGUUCAACAUAACCUUCAGAAAAGGAACGGACGUCGUUGAACAGGCUCAUCUAUCUUUUGGUGGGAUGGCUCCAACAACUGUGAUGGCCAAGAAAACUGGUGUCGCUUUGCUCGGCAAAAAGUGGGAUUGCAAGUUGAUCGAAGUGGUGAACGACUUGCUGGCUGAAGAACUUCCUCUGAGCCCAAGCGCCCCUGGAGGGAUGAUCCCCUACCGUAGAUCACUAGCGCUGAGUUUGUUUUUCAAAGCCUACCUGGAAAUAAGUGACAACCUCACAAGAACAGUUCCGGGUCAUGAACCCGUAGAUGAUCGGGAACGAAGUGGCGCGGAAAUCUUCUAUACUUUGGUUCCAAAAAGUGCUCAAAUUUUUGAGCAGGUUUCCAAUGAUCAAUCAGCCACUGAUCCAAUUCGAAGACCGCAAGUUCACACCUCAGCAUACAAGCAGGCCACAGGUGAAGCCACUUACUGUGACGAUAUUCCUAAAUACUGUGACGAACUAUACCUCGCAUUGGUUACUAGCACUAAAGCUCACGCAAAAAUCCUAUCCAUCGACGCCGCGGAAGCACUUUCGAUGGCGGGAGUUCGUCGAUUCUUUUCCGCCGCAGACUUAACCGAUGAGCAAAAUCAGUGGGGCCCAGUUGUAGAGAAUGAAUACGUAUUCUGGAAGGACGUCGUCACGAGCCAGGGAUUGAUCAUUGGUGCAAUCGUAGCAGAUAAUCAAGUCAUUGCUCAAAAGGCCGCUCGCGCUGUUAAGAUCGUCUACGAAGAAAUAAGUUCACCAAUCGUAACAUUGGAAGAUGCCAUCCAACACAAAUCCUUCUUCCCCGGUUAUCCCAAAUAUAUGAUCAAGGGCAACAUCGACGAAGGCUUCGCACAAGCCUAUCGUAUUGUCGAAGGAGACUGCAGAUUGGGUGGACAGGAGCAUUUCUAUCUGGAAACGCACACGUGUCUUGCUGUUCCGAGGGACUCGGAUGAAAUCGAACUGUUCACCGCCACUCAACAUCCCAGUGCGGUCCAGCAGUUCGUGUCACGGGCUUUGGACAUCCCAUCGUGUAAGGUCUUUUCGCGUGUGAAGCGACUGGGUGGAGGAUUUGGCGGAAAGGAGUUCCGGUCAGUGUUACUGGCUGUGCCGGUUGCACUUGCGGCUCACAGAAUGGGUCGACCUGUGCGAUGCGUGCUAGAUCGGGACGAAGACAUGGUCAUCACCGGUACUCGACAUCCCUUCUACAUCUCGUAUAAGGUUGGCGUCGACGAAAACGGACGCAUAUUGGCUGCUGAUUUCAAGGCUUACAACAACGCCGGUUGUUCUAUGGAUUUAUCAUUUUCGGUGAUGGACCGUGCCAUGUUCCAUAUCAGCAAUGCCUAUGAUAUUCCAAACCUUCGGGUAGAGGGAUGGGUUUGCAAAACGAACAUACCGUCGAAUACAGCAUUUCGGGGCUUUGGCACACCGCAAGCCAUGUUGGCUACAGAAACGAUGAUGCGCCACGUGGCUAGAUCGCUCAACCGGGACUAUUUGGAUCUCGUGGAACUCAACAUGUGCGAGAGUGGAUACGUAACGCACUACAAACAACAAAUAGAGAACUGUAACCUACAAAAAUGCUGGUCAGAGCUGAUUAAAUCUUCUGAUUUGAAGGCUCGUCGCACCGAGGUUGAUCAGUUCAACCAGCAACAUCGUUGGCGUAAACGAGGCAUUAGCGUAGUCCCCACAAUGUACGCCAUAGGAUUCGAUGCCAUCCACAUGAACCAAUCCGGUGCUCUGGUACACGUCUACCAGGACGGGACAGUUUUGCUGACUCACGGAGGUGUCGAGAUGGGUCAAGGUAUACACACCAAAAUGAUACAGAUUGCAGCCUCCGUGCUUAAAGUGCCAGUCGACAUUAUUCAUAUUUCUGAAACGGCCACCGCUACGAUUCCCAAUACUCCACCAACGGCCGCUAGUCUGGGUUCGGAUCUGAAUGGUAUGGCAGUGCUUAAUGCCUGCGAGAUAAUCAACGAUCGCUUGAGACCAUACAAGAAGCAAUUUCCAGAUAAGGACUGGAACACCUGGAUCACCAAGGCCUAUUUCGAUCGUGUAUCUUUGUCCGUUGUUGGUUUUUAUGCUACUCCGGAUGUUCAUUUCGACCGCUCAACCAAUACGGGCAAACCUUUCACGUAUUUUGUGUACGGAGCAGCUUGUUCAGAAGUAGAGAUCGACUGUCUGACCGGUGAUCAUCAGGUCAUCCGUACGGAUAUUGUCAUGGAUAUUGGUUCUAGCCUUAAUCCAGCCAUCGAUAUCGGACAAAUCGAAGGAGCUUUUAUGCAGGGCUACGGGUUGUUCACUUUGGAGGAGUCGGUUUACUCUCCGGAUGGGACGCUUCUUUCGCGAGGUCCGGGGGCAUACAAAAUCCCCGCCUUUGGCGACAUUCCAGGGGAGUUCAAUGUUUCCCUAUUGACGGGAGCACCGAAUCCAAGAGCGGUGUAUUCUUCGAAGGCCGUGGGAGAGCCACCACUAUUUUUUGCGGCAUCAAUUUUCUUUGCCAUUCGAGAAGCCAUAGGAGCCGCUAGGAAGGAGCAGAAUUUAAACAGCGAUUUUAACUUGGUAUCACCGGCCACAGUCGCCAGAAUUCGAAUGGCCUGCCAGGACCAUAUAACGAACAAAUUUUCAGAAACAACAGCGGGAUCUUUCGUGCCUUGGAAUGUUAUGCCUUAAAACAUUAUAUUUUUCAAGUAUACUCUUACGACGAUAUUGACCCUUUUCAUCCCGUGGCUUUGACGGUUAUUUCUAUAU